CUAUCCGGAAUAACUGAAACCAAAAACCCAAUCCAAACCCGCAGUUGAAAAUCGAAGCUUCCCUCCCUCUUCCUUCUUCCUUCGCGUUCUUCUAUUCCGAUUUCGUUCAACGAGGAAAAUCCUAUCCGGGUUGAAGGUUUUGAAGGUUCAAACUCUAUAGCUUCGCAAUUUUUCGAUUUCGUUCUCCAUACGAAUUAGGCUACGAAAACAAGUUUAAUCGAGGGAGUAGGGGUGCAGCGCCGCGCCACAACAGGCAGGACGGCGAUCCCGACACACCAUCCCAAUAUUUUUAUUUAAAGGAAGUUUUAUACUAGGAAAAAACGACAUUAUGAAGCCAAUAAGUUACCGGUAACUGUUCAAGCUUCAAACCGUUCCCUACAUCGGAAGAAAUGCCGCAAAACAAAGACGAGCUUCCCGCCAUUCGCGUCUAUACAGUCUGUGACGAAUCAAGGUACUUGAUAGUCAGGAAUGUACCAGCAUUAGGAUGUGGCGAUGAGCUGUUGAAAUUGUUCGGAUCAUAUGGGGAGAUAGAAGAGUGCAAGCCUAUGGAUGAAGAAGAUUGCGAGCCAUUUACGGAUAUUUACUGGAUCAAAUUUUUUCAGGUCAGCAAUGCCAGGUUUGCAAAGAGGAAACUGGAUGAGUUUGUUUUCUAUGGGAAUAGACUGCAGGUCUCUUAUGCUCCUCAUUUUGAGAGCCUUUCUGAUAUGAAGGAAAAACUAGAAGGCAGGAGAAAGGAAGUUCUUGCCCGAUUAAAUCCAGGAAGACCCAAAGGGUAUACGUCUCAUAACCAGGGUGUUGUAAAUGAGUCUUUUGUGCCUCCAGCUCCACCACCAUCCAGUUGCAUUCCCCACCAAAUGAUAUCUAAACAAAGUGAGCAUGCCGAAUCAGAACAGUCUAGUCACAUGAAUGAUCCAUCCCUUCUGAUGGUGUCUUCUAACCAGGAGUACUUUCCAUCCCCAUCCAUGAAUGAGACAGUUCAAUUAGUCAGGAAGAAGCUUGAAAAGAUAAAAUCAAGCACUAAGCAUCUGGAUGCCCAACCUGGAUUGAAGAAACCGCGAGUGGACAACAGAAGAAGAAUUUGAUGAAUCUUGUCCGAUUGAAGAACCAAAUGCAUUAUGGAAAUUUUGGCAACAAGUAGCAUUGCCCAUGCUUAUGUAGAGAGAGAGAGAGAGAGAUCUAAGUUUGAUUUUUUGUCCAUUUUUUCAGAUUUUAUAUCUGAGAAUAGCAGAUCAUGUUUUUACAACUUACUGGCUGUGAUAGUGGCAUGAGCAACGUAUAAAUAGAUGUUAAGUUAUCAAAUGCAGAUAUUUAGGAUUAUGUAGGCAA